UAUUUAUGGCACUUUGAUUCUGCGCUAAAUUUGCUUUAAAAUGCUGUUAAUUUUGUCGUCACAAUUAAUGCAUCAAUGAAGUCUUGUUACCUUUGAAAUAAGUUUUACCAUAUUUGGGUGACAAUAUACAUACAUCAACGUCAUGUCUUUAGAAAUUGGUAAAAGCGAUCAUGCUAAUUUCCACAUAAAUAGAGUGGACGCUGGAUUCGGCGAUGAUUUGCGGUCCGAUGAAAGCGAAGCGUCGUAUGAACCAUUAUGUUCGUACGAAGAUGUUAAAGAUUUCGUAACAUUUUUAACUUAUACUACCGCGUGGUUAUGCCUGUCUACUUCUAGUAGUGUUAUUCUAUUUUCGAUAGUUUUAUACAAGUAUGUUUUUAUGGAACACGAUAACCCUUUAUUUUAUACAGUUAUAAUCUUUUGCGAUAUUAUAAUACUCAUGGAGUUUAUAUCGGUGUUAGGUUUUAUGUAUUAUAAUCAAACUGCGAAGAAAAAAUAUGUAACCCAUCGAAAUAAGGCGAUAAUGAUUCUGGAUUUGGUUUCGGUCGUAGCUGUACCCAUGACACUGAUUGGUACCAAGAGUCAGGUUGUGUUUAUUUUGGAGAUCGUUAUAUUGAGUUUUAGAAAUUAUCGUGUUCUGAAUUUAAUCGGUCAGAAUUCUUUUGAUACAUUUUCAACUUUUUUUAUUCUUUGUUUUAUUAUAGCCGUUUUAAGUCGGAGUUCUGGGCACAACACUUUAUUAUUUUUAUCGUUUAAAUACUGUUUGAUGUCAUUUUUAAUAUGGCACGUCUACGCUUGUUUUUGGAUGUCUCUUAGCUGUUUUGAAUGGCACAAGAAUUGUAAUCCAACCACAUCUUGGACCAUGUCUCUUAAAAACAUCAAUGAAUACAACAGUUCGGAUCAAAAAUUACUCAAUUACAUCUCCAGUAUGUUAUUCGCAAUUAAUACAUAUACAACUGUUGGUUUAUUUGGUGCAUCAAGAGCGAACGAUUUAGAACAAUUAUUAACUAUAACGUUAAUGUUGUUAGGUUUAUACAUAGCAAAUGGAUUAUUUAUAGGAGAUUUUACGUCGGUUCAACAAGAAAGUUACCGAAGGCAUUCGAUAUUUUCAUAUAAAUUGAACUUAAUUUACAAUUCGUUAGCGAACGACACGAUUAUAACGAAAAAACUAAAGAAAAAGGUGAAAGAUUUUUAUAUAACCUUUUGGAAGAAAAGGGCCGCUAUUAACAAAUCGCAACUUUUCGAAGAAAUGUUACCAAUGGCUUUGCGAAGUCGAGUACUUGUAGAUAAGUACUGGGACGCUAUAAACGCAUCCAACUUACUUCGAAACACGAGUAUGCCGUUUAAAAGGGCUUUGGCUUUACAAUUUUUUUCUGAGAUAUACACCACCGGUGAUAUUAUAUACACCCAGGACAGGGUGAAAAAUGUUCUCAUGUUCGUCGCCAGGGGAUCAGUUCAGGUUCUUUCCGGCGAUGAUACCGAAAGUUCGCUAUUAACGCUUCGAAUGGGUUCAUGUUUAGGGGAUAUAAGCCUUAUUUAUUCACUGGAUAGUCAAGUUCAGGUUGUAUCUACAUCAUAUUCAGUAAUGUUUUGUUUAAGAAAAGCUGAUUUAUGGAGAACAGCUGAUCGAUUAAAAUUACUUGAUCCAUCUGAUAGCGUUCACAUAGUUGCUAAAAGAAAAAUGCGAAAUGCAAAGCUACGACAUUCGUAUAAAACGUUAGAAGCACAAGAAAGUUCUGAGAUCCUGACAGUAUACGCUCAGAAUUUAGGUUUAGCAAGUAGAUUGAUUGCACAAAAGGAAGCGUUUGAAGACAGAUCGAUUUUCAAUAAUCAAGCGACACUCCACGAAAAUACCAUUCCAAACUUAUACAUAAUCAGUAAAGAAGGUUUAAAGCUUUCCGAUCAUGACGGUAUCUUUAUAAAAACUACAUUCCCUUGGAUUUUAAGACCCAACUCUCAAUUUAUUUUAAUCUGGGAAUCGUUUUUCGCCAUCGUAGUAUCAACGGUGAUUAUUUAUUACCCGUGGACUUUGAUGAACAAAUCCGAAAUCACUCAAGCUGACUUUGUGUUUAGAUGCUUGGUCUGUUUAAUUUAUACACUUGAUUUUAUUAUAAGACACUUUACCGCUAUCGAAGAUGAAAGAACUAUUUACACGGAUUUACAAGAAUUAUUACCAAGACAUUUUUCAAGAUAUUCUUUUAUUUUUGCUGCCGUUUCAGCGAUUCCUUUUGAAUUUACCACGCAGCAUACCUUUUUAAUGCUGAAUAGGUUGUUUCAAAUUUAUCGCGUAGUUGUUUUCAUCAAGAAAACUGAAAAUAGUUUUAAAGUAAACGUCGCUUUAAUCAGAAUGAUUAAGUACGUUGUUUAUCUUUUAUGUGUCUCUUACGCCGUUGGUGUUGUUUAUUAUUUAAGUGCUUGCCAAAACCAAUGUUCUCCAGAUUCUUGGCCUGUACUUUACGGUUUAGGUUUAGAUAACGAAACAACAAGAACCGACAUUUUUGAAACGGCUAUUAUAACCGCAAUGUUAUUAACAUCGGGAACAGGAGGAAAAAUAAUGUACAGAAGAUUAAUCGAAGUGUUUCUGAUCACGAUGUUUUGCGUAAUCGGAACGUUAGUCUUCAGCUACUUAGUUUCUGAUUAUUCGGCAACAUUAACUUUAGCUGGAAUGUCGCAAUCGGUGUACAUUCAAAUGGUGGAAGUGAUCAGAAACUUUAUGAACGAGAAAUCAAUGCCCGACGGAAUUCGGAAACGAAUGGAUCAUUACUUGGAAGUUCAAUGGUUACACAAUAAAGGAAUCCCCAUUCAUGAGUUAUUGAAGGACGCUCCUCGGUAUUUAUAUGAGGAAUAUCAAACGGCUAAAUAUUCGGCAUUAUUUGCCAAAGUUCCAUUGUUUCAAGAAUUGGAUGACGAUGUAAUGAACAAAUUAACAGCAACUUCCAAAACAUUAUUUUUCCCCCCAAAUGAAUUUGUUACAUAUUCAAGAGAAAUCAUCAAGGAAAUGUAUAUAAUUGAAAAAGGAUUUUGUGAGGUUAUUUCCCCAGCUUCAGGUAGGAUUGAAAAAGUAAUAGGGGAAGGUGCCGUUUUUUCAGCUAUAGAUAUGGUCUUAGAACUACCAGGUGUAUUCCAUGUACGCACCGUAACUCACGUUAGUGUAAUAAAGAUCACUUUAGCAUGUAUUAAAAAUGCUCUCACCCCCGAAGGAAAGAUCAUACUUCAGACGCUUGUUGAUGAAACUAAAACAUCUUUCACGGUUCAACGAUUAUUCACCGAGAGUACUUCCAGGAUGAUCCACAAGGAUGUCGAGGUCGACGAUAGGUCUUGGGUUGCUCCGCCUAAACGGGCAGAUCCAAGGCGAGUCGAAUACAUGAACUCAUGGAAAGUAUUUCGCUGUUGCAGAUAUUUUAUGAUCCCUUAUACCAUUAUGCCUUGUGGACGGUUUUUAAUGUAUUACGAGAUAUUUAGAGCCGUUUGUGCUUCUAUUUCUGCUGCAUUAUUACCUACAAGCUUUAUUUAUGCUUAUUAUAUAAAAGAAUUUUGGAUCAUUCAAGCUAUAUUGGAUCUAACAGCAUAUCUUGAUAUAUAUCUGAGAUUACAUGUAUGUUUCUACAACGAUAAAGGAGUUUUGGUGACGCAUCCAAGAGCUACCGCUAUGCAUUACUUAGGAGGAAGCUUUAUAGUUGAUUUAGUAGCUUGUUUGCCUGUUGAUUAUUUCUUAACGUUUUUUUGGAAGAAAAAUUUUGCAAGUUCAGCUGCUUACGAGAAAAUGUGCGCAAUUUUAAGACUUAAUAGAAGUCUUCAAAUUUAUAGAGUUCCCGAUGCAUUUUCGUUUGUCUCAAAGGAUAUUAUGAAAUCAAUUGGAACUUUAACCCUUUCAUUCGAAUUAGUAACUUUAAGUUGCGCAUUAAUAAAUUUCCUUUGUGGAAUAUUUAUGGUGAGUACAUUUACCUUGACUACAUACACAGAAGCUAUUGUUCCGGAAGAAUUUGGUUGGUUUACAAACGUUACAUACUCUACUAUUGAUAUGACUUCCCCCUUCGUAAUGUACUUAAUAUCAUUCUAUUUUGUAUGCUCGCAAGCUAUUGGAAUGGGAUAUGCCGAUAUGUUCGUUAGAGUUAGAUCAGAAGUGAUACUAAAUAUAAUUCUGAUAAUAUGUGGUUACUUAUGGUUCACCUACGUGUUAGUUAUUAUAUCGAAUAAUAAAUCGAUAGUAAACAUAACACUUACUUUAUAUCAGAAUCACAUGAAACAACUUAUUAAGUUUAUGAAACGCGAGAAGAUUGCGAAAAGUUUACAAAAGAAGGCUAUUAAUCAUUUUGAAUACGUUUGGCAACGGACUCACGGUUUAAACGCUAGCAGCAUUCUUAAACAAUGCCAUUUGGCGUUAAGUAAAGAUUGUGCUUUACACCUUUACGAAGAUACUUUAAAGGAGGUAUUAAUAUUUCGAGAUAUGGUAACGUCUUUUUAUCGAGUUAUCGGUACAAAUUUGGAAGAACAAUAUUACUUAGCUGAAUAUCCAAUAAUAAGAUUGAAUGAUAUCGUCAGUAAGAUUUAUAUUGUUCAUAGGGGUAUAAUUAUGAUUUAUGGACCGGAUGGAACACGAUAUGCUAUGUUAAGAAAAGGAGGAGUUUUUGGAAAUAUUGAUGAAGUAUCGCAAACAAGAAGUAUGAUAGUCGCAAAAGCUGCAACAAUCGUUGAUUUAUUAGUUAUUGACACACAAGCUUUAUAUCCACUGAUAAAAACAUACCAAGUUGUUGUAAAUAGAUUAAAAAAACAUAUCUUAUUAGAGAAUUUGUCCUACAUAGAAAGUAAUUACGAUGGGGACGAUGACGAAGCGCUUGAUAUUUAUUAUUUAGCGGGGAGAAAGAACUUACCUAAAAAGCUUAAAAUUCUCUCAUCGAGUUAUUUAGCUGUAACAUUUAUGAUGUGUUCGUUUAUAUCAUUUUUAAUAACAACGUAUCAAGCGGCUUUUAAAAACUUUUCAAUUCCAUUUUUUACGAUUGCUUAUUUUUUCGAUAUCGUACACAUUGUGAAAAUUUAUUUGGGGUUUAUAACGCCGUAUAGAGAUCAACAUUGGGGAGAAAUUAUUGUUGCUAAGAAAAAAAUAAUUAAAGACUACUUGAGAUUCAAUAAGUUUGUUAUGGACUUGGCUGGUUCUCUUCCAACCGAUUUCCUUUAUUUUGCGAUGCCUCAAUUUGGAUUAUAUGGAAUAACUUUAUUGCGUUUGAACAGGAUUCUUAGACUGGUGGAUGUUUACAAUUACUUUAACAUAAAACAUGACCAAUUAAACAUAAACGUUCUCGUCAUCAAAUUAUCUUCAAUAUUCAUUUCUUUCACUUUACUCAUUCAUGUACAAGGUUGUAUUUGGUACAUGUUGGCUUGCCCAUUUACUACGGGUUGCAUAAAAGGAUCUUGGGUUGUUCAGGAUGAUAAAAAUUUUUGUCGAAACGCUUAUUUAUGCUCUGUGUAUACCGCAACAUCGAUUGCAACUUACACUGGAUUUUCACCACCUCGUGCUUCAACAUUAAUUGAAAUUAUGUAUGCCACUAUAGCGAUGAUUUUUAAUAAAUUUACAUUAGCAGUAUUUAUUGGAUAUAUGACUGCUAUUGUUCACAAUCUAAACGCAACUUUAGUUGAAUUUGAUCAUGGGAUGGAAAAAUUGAAAGAAUUUUUGAAGCAUAGCAGGACCUCGUUUCCUUUAGUACAAAAAGUGCUUACUUAUUCUUCUCAAUUAUGGGAGAAAAGUGAAGGGAUGCAAAUACCGCAAUAUUUAACGGCUUGUCCGAGUUUCUUAAUGGAAAGUAUCAAAAUUGAUGCGUUCGGACAUCACAUUUAUGAGAACGAAAUAUUUAUGAAAUGCCACCCAGAUUUUUUACGAAUGUUAAUCAGUUUGUUAAAAGUAACAACAUUGUUUGAUGGAAAUUAUGUUUGUCAUCAAGGAGAUGUUAACGAUACAAUGUAUUUUUUGCACCAAGGAAUAGUUUUGGUGUAUAAAGUUAAUGAAACCGAAGAAAUUUUAGUUGAUGAGCUUCAAGAAUUGGAUUCUUUCGGAAUUCUACAAGGAAUUGUUCCUAGAACACCUCAUACUCAUACAUUUAUUGCUAAAAAUGUUACUGUAAUUUUGAGUCUAAAGUUUGAUGACUGGCACUAUUUAUUAACAUUUUUUCCAGCAUCGAAAUUUUUAAUAUUUGAUAAAGUACAACAAUUAUGGAGUAAUGUUUGAAUUAUAGCAACUCUUUGAAAUUCAAUAAAACAUAUAUGAAUAUAUGGUAAUGACGA